GUUGCUACAAAAUAUUAGUAUCCAUCGAGCUGCAUUCCAAAGGUGCACAUAAGCUUUCAAGUUAAUAGCGGAAACCAAACAAAUAAAGUUUUCAAAUUUUUGAAAUUAUAACAUUUGAUAAUUCGAUACGUGAAAAAAAAACUUCAGUGGAAUCUAGUUUAUGUGCAGUGCUCAAAUUGCUAUCUACAACGGAUAAUUUACCGUAUGCAAGCUACGAGAUUUCGAUAUUCUUUUUUGUUUGCAAGCAAGCUGUAGCAAUCAACAUUUCGCCCUCCAGCUGAAUAAGAAAUCAAACAUUGCGUGUCGUGUGCAAGUGAAUGUUCGUGAAAAAGUCAAUCGCUCGGUUACAAAUUAAUAUAGAAGCUUGCAUAGACUAAGCAUAUUCCUUUAUCGUCAUGCCGGGAGAAGCUUGGCCGCGCACUGCGCUAGAAAUUCUUCUCAAGUUAUACAAAGAGCACCAGAUUCUGUAUGAUAUGCGUCACCCAAAAUAUUAUAACAAGAUUGAGCGGCAAAAGGCACUGAUAAAUAUGAUUGACUUGAUAGAAGAUCAUCGUCCUGGGACUAACGUGAAUGAUGUUAUUAGGAAGAUUCAGACGAUGCGUACCCAGUUCGGCCAGGAGUUGGGCAAGGUUAGACGGGCGAAGGCGAAGGGUAAAGAGCACGUCCCUACAAUAUGGUGGUACAAAUAUUUAUCCUUUUUGCGAUCUCACGUCAAGCGGAGAUCGUCGGUCGACGACAAUGAUAAAGAUGACUACAAUUCAUCAACUACACAACAUUCAGAUGCGGAAUAUGAAAACUAUGCGGAGGAGACGUAUGAACAGUAUGAACUCGAAAACGAUGGAAGUUCUGAGGUUGUUUAUGAAAUUCAAGCAUCUACACCGGCAAACGGUAUCAAAACGGAUUUUAGUGGAGAAACAAAGUUGAUGCUAAAACACGAAGCCGGCACUGCGUCUUCGCCGACCAACGGUUCGUCCAAGGAGACCAUCUACGAGAUAACGAAUAACAACACAUUGGUCUCGAAGCGGAAAAUCGAAGUUAUAUCCACAGAGGAAUUGCCUCCAUUGGAAAAGAUGCCACGGAAGGAAGGUACCACCGAGGGUGACAUUUCCCCCACAAGCACUAGCAAAAAGACCGAGAUGUUCGAAAUUACCGUUGAAUCAGAUCGGGCGCGUAGCAUCGGCAAAUUUGUCUCAUCGCAGAUUGCUUCAAUCAAGAACGACUAUUUGUUUUAUUCGACCCAGAUGGAAGUACUGGAAAUCAUUAACAAAGCACAGUUAAAACAAUUGCAAAUAGAUAAAGAUUCUAAGAAGUGAUGGUACAUCGUUCUGGAAAAUGUAGUUUAAGUUCCUAUUUUCACGAACGAUAUUUCAAUGUAAAUAAAAAAGUUGAUGGGUCUGGGUCUAGGGGCACGGACGGGAUCUUGACAAAGGACUGUGAUUGUGUGUAGUAAUUGCAUUUGAAUUGAGUAUUUUCGUUGUUUGGAAUCUAUAUUUUUUCUCCUUUGAUACAUCAAAUGGAAGCCCUGAAAAAAACUUUUCCUGUAUGAACUUGUAUCUUAACCCUUUGCGGUCGGAAUUAAUUUCCCUAAAAAGAGAUCCUUUCAUCUUUCCACGCAAAUAAUAUUUUGUUUACCUAUCCGAGUACCGUUACCUAUUGUUCAUAGAAACUCCAUAUACAAUUGUGAAAAAGUUUACUAGACAUUAGAAGUCGUUUAGAAAAGUUUAAACUAUAUCGUUAAAUAAAGUAUUCGGUAUGAUUCCUUACCGUGAUGGCUGAGAGCAGACAAACGACCGCAAAGGGUUAAACGUGUUAGAUGAGAUAACGUGGUAGAAUCGAGAACCAUAUUCUAUUCAAAAAUUUACACAAAAAUACCAUUAACACGUUUUAAAGCGACUCUAUGGAAAUUUUUAAACGUAUAAGAGCCAUUGUUUCUUAUCGUUGUGAAAGUUAUUUUCGUUCGAAAGGGAAUGCUUAAAAGCUUAUAUGCUUAUAUUAGUUACCUUUAUUAUCAUAUGUUAUACUGUCAGUCACCGGUGACUGGAGCAGCCUGAGCGAAAACUCUGUGUCAGUCACCGCGGUGACUGACGUGGCAGUCAACGUGUUGAAGCUAUUACCAAGGCGCCUAGAAGUAUACCUAAGGUGGGCCAACUUGCUAAAACCAAGACGGGUCUAUGGUACUAGGUGAGGCCGUUUCGUCACUAAGUUGGUAGGGGAGCGGUAUAUGAAAACAGCACGGAAGAAAGUAGAAGGGGAAUUAUUUGCUUGUAGCGUGAAAGAGACAGACUGAUCACCAGCGAGCUUCGGCAAUAGCGUAUUGUGUUUUGUUUACAAACAAAACACAGUAGACUUCCAAGAAGGUUUUAGUGGUUGGCAAGGUGGGCAAGUUGGCCCACCUUAGGAUAUACUUCUACGCGCCUUGGCUAAAACCUAAGACGCUAAAACCACUCUUCAGCCAUCUUGGAAGUCUACUGUGUUUUGUUUGUAAACAAAACACAAUACGCUUGAGCCCAAGCUCGCUCGUGAUCAGUCUGUCUCUUUCACACUUCAAGCAAAUAAUUCCCCUUCUGCUUUCUUCCGUAGUGUUUUCAUAUACCCCUCCCCUAACCAACUUAGUGACAAAACGGCCUCACCUUAUGUUAUACUUCUAUGCGCCUUGGCUAUUACUACCCUUUUCUUCUGUUUAUUGAAC